AUGUCCUCGCCCUUGCCACCGGAUCCAUAUAUCGCUCUGGGACUUACCAAGGAUGCUACACCUGCGCAGAUCAAGACCACGUACCGAAAGCUCGUGUUGAAAUGCCAUCCGGACAAGGUUACGGACGAAUCCAAAAAGGCCGAGGCAUCUGAUCAGUUUCAUCGCAUCCAACAGGCAUACGAGAUUCUCAGCGAUGAAGGUCGACGAUCACGCUAUGAU